AUGACUGACGUACGGCGCUCUCUUCACGAAAUACGAGCGGCCCGUGACUCGGAUCUGAUUGGACCCAGCGGAAAGAAGCAGUCCCACCGCAAACAUUCAUCGGUACCAAUGGUCCGGUCCUACAGCCCGAUGUGUACCCUGGCCUCCUCAAUGUGCCUUAGCGAGGUGGAGGAGUCCUGUGCAGCCGCUCUCCCAUUCCGUACACCCAAAAGGGGCCGAGCAUCCUUAAUGACCCCCAAUAGUCAUGUUUCCCCAAUAGUAGAAGAUAAGAGUUUUCCCUUCAGACAGUCCUUGAUGGAGAACAAUCUUGAGAAAACUGGAGCCGCUUCGCCCACUACCUUCCGUAUCCAGCCUUCGAUGCCUUAUCGAUCAUGGAAUGUAAAUCUAAUUGCCCUGACCGAGGAUUUGUAA